AGGCAGGAGGGAUGAGCAGCCCCCAGGCCUCCUCCUCCUCCUCCUCGCCGGGGCUGCUGCCGCUGGACUGCCUGGCCCAGCUCUUCGCCUUCCUGGAGGCCCCGGACCUCCUCCGCGCAGCCCAGGUCAACAAGGCAUGGAACGAAGCAGCAGAAACCGCUUCUCUUUGGAGAAAUAUGUGUCUCAGACGGUGGGCCUUCUGCAAUAUCUCUGUGAUACCUGGAAUGAAGACCUGGAAAAAGUACUACCUCCACCGCUCAAACCUUGAGCAUAAGAUGGAAUCUGGACGGCCUUCAGUUGACUAUACAUGUAAAGCUAUAAGAGGACAUAAAGGAGUAAUAAAUGCUAUGGCAUACCUAUCAGAGAAUGAACACACCUUUGCAACAGGAAAGGUCAAGUCCAUUGUGUGCACUGCCUCCUCUGACGGCACUGUCAGAGCAUGGAAUGUCCAAGAGGGCACACAGAUUUGGUCAAGUCCUCAACAGGAAGCUCCACUACUAAAUAUUAUCACGUUUCCUCUGUGUAAACUGGCAGCUACAACAGACUCUCAGGGGACGAUCAAACUCUGGCACGGAGACACGGGGAAAGAGCUUGCAGCAUUUUCAGUGUCAUCCUCAUCAUGUUCUGUGGUUGGCCACACAAUAAACAAUAAGCCAUUCCUAACGGUAGGUACUGGAGAAGGUCUACUUUACACAUUGGCAGCUGCUGAUCUAAGCCAGAUUUUACGCACAAAGGUUUUUCAAACGGGUGGCAUACAUUUGUCAUUUUGCUCACCAGAUGGUCAAUGGAUAGUUGUUUGUCCUGCUGAUCCUGCAUAUUCACCAAAGGUGUUCUACACACAUUCUGCAACUCACCCUGAUGAUGAGGAACUGAUGUUGUCUAGUCCUUUACCAGUCACAGAUCGUCUUGUCACCUGCUGGUUACCAGCAGAACCAGCAAGAAUAGCGAUAAUGCAUGAUGAUGGUAGUAAUUUUCGCAUUGUUAGCUUUGAUAUAGCCAUUGAGAAGAAAUCCAAAUAUAAAAGGAUCAUUACAGCUCAACAGGUUGCAAGCUUCACCUUACCAACACAAGAACCAUGGAUGACAGAGAAAAUCAUGAAAGGAUUUGGCAAACAAACUAUUCUUGUAGCAGCUGGACUGGAGCUGAAAUUAUACUCUCUGAUGGGGACUGAAUUACUGGCUUUCAAGGAUCACUAUAAAAUUAUUACAUCAAUCUGGGUGGAUCCCUUUCAUGUUGUCACAUCCUCCAUGGACCUCUCACUCCGUGUAUACUCCUGGAAAAAUGACAACAAAUCCUCUUCGUUGAUUAGUUGCUAUCAUUUAUUAGGAGGAUCACACAGAUGGUCAACUGGCUUCAGAAGUGUGGCUUGUGACGAUGUGAGCAUUGUGGGCACAGUGGCUGGAACUGAUGGCACAGACAUUUUAAGAGCAUACUCCUUUAAUCUGUAAGAUACUUCUAUUAAAUUGAAUCCAUGUAUGUACCUGUGUGUGUCAGCGACAUGCAGUUACAUUCUUAUAAUAUGAAAACAAAAGCAUGCACUGAAAUUCAAGCUUUGUAAUAAUUUGCACUAUUACUGGCAAUAAACCUUGUGAAGAUCAA